UUCCUACGUCUGGAUCCUCAAUACGAGUUCCACCUUGACGGUUACCUGCUCAUUGUCGCAAUGAGGUUGAAAUUCAAAUCAAAGAUAUGUUAGCACAAGGCAUCAUAGGAAAAAGCACUAGUUCAUGGAUGGCACCAGCAGUAUUUGUGAAAAAGAAAUCAGGCUAUAAAAAGAAACCUAUGGGAAGGUAUAUUCCUCCACCGGUCUCAAAGAUGUCCACUGCGCCAGGGAUACUUCUUCUGGAUGGAACUGUUCGUGGCAAUAUCUGCCCUACCUGCGAGAUUGGUGUACUGUCAGAUGAUUUUCCCAUUAUUGCUUGGAUUAUGUUUUUUUGUUUCUUUCCACUCGGUGUGCUGUGUUGUUUGGCAAUGAGGCAGAGACGCUGCAGCCACUGUAGUGCUGUAUUUAUGGUCUAGAAACUAUAAGCAACUUUGAAUUGACUCAAAUGUGCUGCUGAUUGAGACAUAUUUGUGUUAUAGUGAUGACUUAGGCUUGUAGUGGUUGCGCUUCUUACUAGCUGUCUUAGAUUUGAAAGAGUAGAAUUCAGACGUAGAAUUGUGAUUGAACUUUAGCUAUGACUUUAGCUUUAUAUUUGCUGUGACGCAGGUCCGUAUGGUUGUAAGCUAUACUAUUUGGGCGUUGCCUACAUCAUUCUUGAAUAUCUGGUCAACGCUGCAUUGCAUUAUUACAAUUAUCAUGA